AUGAAAUGGUAUCAAGAAAGGGCUAUUUUGUCACCAACAAAUAAGCAAGUCGACAAAUUAAAUGAUUUGAUUCUAUCUAGGUUUGACGCUCAAUCACAAAUGUACUAUUCAGUUGAUACAGUUUUAGAAAAAGAAGAUGCAGUCCAUUUAUCAACUGAAUUUCUUAACUCUUUAACGCCUUCUGGAGUCCCACCACAUACACUGAUUUUAAAAAUAGGGGCACCUAUUAUUUUAAUGAGAAAUUUGAGCCCACCCACACUUUGCAACGGUACAAGACUACAAAUCAAAAAAUUGAGAAGUUCAUUACUCGAGUGCAUAAUAUUAACAGACUGUGAUUUACCUUUUAAGUUUAAACGUAUUCAAUUUCCUGUUGAAUUAGCAUUUGCAAUGACUAUAAAUAAAGCACAGGGACAAGCACUUAACGUUGCUGAAAUUGACCUAAGCGUUCAAUGUUUUUCUCACGGUCAAUUAUACGUCACCCUGUCACGUGUGACAUCCAAAUUUAAUUUGUAUAUUUUUGCCCCCGAUCCAGAAAAAGUUGAUAACAUUGUUUACAAAGAAAUUUUUUAA